GGAUGACGUAGGAAGUAACACGUGGCCGGAAGUGUAUGUUUCCGGAAGUGUCGAUGUUUACUUAUCCCGGUUUGUUUUGUCAACGUAACUAUUUACCCGUUAAACUACACAUUGGUGCACUUUCUCUUUCUGUCUCCCUCUCCGUGUCUCUCCGUUUAUCCUGUUCACGGACAGCUGAGCUCUACUCCGGGGUAACAGAUCAGUCUGAUGUGAGCUGAUGGCUGCGGCCGACGACCUGCGCUUUCAGGAAUUUGAUGACGCCGAGAGCCUACUGGCUGUAAACAGGGAGGCCACUACUAUUAGUAUCGAGGAUCCUGGCAGCAAACCCCAUAAACCGAGGAGAGUGGCCCGGGAGAAGGACGACGACCACAGCCUCAUUGAGGACAUCGACUCCGACAAAACUGAGCUCCUUGCAAGUCAGAAGAAAAGUGCCCCCUUCUGGACUUUUGAGUAUUACCAAACUUUUUUUGAUGUAGAGACCUAUCAGGUUCUGGACCGAAUUAAAGGGUCUAUUCUCCCAUGGCCUGGGAAAAACUUUGUUAGACUCUAUGUCCGCAACAACCCGGAUCUGUAUGGACCCUUCUGGAUCUGUGCCACCCUGGUGUUCGCCAUCGCCAUAAGUGGAAACAUCUCCAGCUUCUUGCUCUGCUUCGGCAGACCUUCCCAUCGCUAUGUGCCAGAAUUCAGCAAAGUGACGCUGGCGGCCACUGCCAUCUUCAGCUAUGCCUGGCUGGUGCCACUCACCCUCUGGGGUUUCCUACUGUGGCGGAACAGCAGAGUGAUGAACGUUGUGUCCUACUCCUUCCUGGAGAUUGUUUGUAUCUAUGGGUACUCCCUCUUCGUGUUCAUCCCUGCUGCGGUCUUGUGGAUCAUUCCCAGUGAGACAGUAAGGUGGUUUUCCAUCCUGGUCGCCAUGUGUCUCUCGGGUUCAGUUCUGGUGCUGACAUUCUGGCCCGCAGUCCGAGAUGAUCAUCACAGGGUUGCCCUGGCUACCGUUACAGUUAUCGUUACUCUGCACGUCCUGCUUGCAGUAGGUUGUAAGGAGUAUUUCUUUGACGUGCAAGACAUAUCUGAUCCUGCCCAUUCUGUCGAAUACCUUGCUGGCAAUAAAACGGUGCUGGCAGCAAAGCCGCAGUGAGAUGGUACGGCUCCCCGAGAGCAUCGAGUUGCAGUGUGGAAAACGCCGUGGGAUGUGCAGAAGCUGCCACAGCGUGACCGUGAACUGCUCUCGGCAGCUCCUGGAGGGGACUUUGGUUCACACAUACGAUGACUCUGAAAGUGCCUUAAAGACUUCGCUGUCUGUGUCGUUACUGAGUGCCUCAAAUAUAACUGCACUGUAAAUCGUGUAGAGGCCGCUGUUCUGCUGCAGAAAAUUCAUAACGCUGUUAAAACUGUGUACGGAGAACUUAUGCGCUUAACGUUUGACUGUGGCUGGCUGCGUUUGCCUGUGACUGGCUGCGUUUGCCUGUGGCUGGCUGCGUUUGCCUGUGGCUGGCUGCGUUUGCCUGUGACUGGCUGCGUUUGCCUGUGACUGGCUGCGUUUGCCUGUGCAUGUCUGUCGUGGUGCCAUAGCAGUUUCCCUCUCCCGGUGUGAUCAUAGUCGUCUCUGAAUGGGUCAUUUUGUAGCCAGCAUUGUUAGCCGUCAUUAAGGUAAAAGCUCCGCAAGCCGCUUCGUAACAGGAUGUCUUAGGCGGGGCUCAAAUAUUAACACUAAAUUUAGAGUCAGGGUCCUUUUUUAUAGUAAGUCCGGUUCUCAUGUGAUACUCGUACACCAAUGGUGUGACUGGAUAAGAGACAGCUGUCAUUUGCUGUCUUCAGCAAGGAUGUCAGCUCACGUCAUGGUGGAGGUGGUGGUGGUGGCGACCUGGAGGACAUUUACUGCAUCAUAUUAUGAAAUGGGCGUGUUUAUGUUAUUGAUGGAUCAUUAUUACAUUUUUAUCAAUAAAAAUAUCCAAUUAUGUUUC